GGCCCAUGGCAUCCCUGGGUGGUCCAGCUCCCUCCUUCAUCUCUUCAAGAUGUUCCUGCUCUGCUCUUUCUCCAGAAGACAGCAGAAGCUGAACCUUCCCAACCUGGUGUGCAGGAUCAUCGUGCUGCAGAAGUACACAGUGUGCUUCCAGAAGGAGGCCAGGCUGGAGGACUGCCAGUUCUACCUGACAGUGCACAAGUUCAUUGUGCUGCCCAUGGAGAGGCAGAGGAUGGAGUCCUCUGAUGGGAACCAGGAGCCCUCAGUGCUGCAGAAGAUAAAGGAGCUGUGGCUGAAGGGUCUGGAGGGGAAGAGCCCUCGCAGUGCAGAGCCAUCCCUCUCUCAGCUGAUUGCUGCCAUAGGACAGAGCCAGCUGGCAGUGCUGAAGGAGUGUGCUGAGGAGUGCCUGGAUCUGUGGGUGCCAGGGGGCACAGAGGAGCAGAGUGCCAGCAGCCAGUGGGAGGCAGAGCGCAAGAAGCAGCAGGGUGAAGACUUCCUGGUGCCAGCCAGCAUCCUGCUGAUCCCUCCCGAGGAGGAGGUCGUCGCUCCCGACGCGUCCGGGGCAGGUCGGUGCGGUGUGGCGGUGCCCGGGCAGAGCGGGGGCUCCGUGCCCGACGAGCAGGCAGCGGAGUCGCAGGGCAGCUGUGAGUAG